AUGGAUACGCUCUUUGCAUCACAGAGCACUUCCGAGAACCAUAAAAUUCUCGUUCAUCCCGAUGGUAGAGGUUACAACAUCCAUUUGCAAGUCAAUGGCAUAUCACAGCGGCCAAACUUAGUCCGUAUGAUGAAGAAAGCUGGGGCAUAUGCCAGUCGCCCAGAGGAUGCGGACAUCAUUCUCGUCGAUUCUCCACAACUCGACGGAAAGCGUCUCAUUCGUACCUGGCAUCAGACCCCAGGGAAGGCCGUUCUUGAAUUCCAAUGGCUGCGCAAAAGUAUCGAAGCCAGGAAACCCCUCCUUGAAGCCGAUGCCUGGGGUGGGGCACAAACUCUGGACGAUGGCAAACCCAUCGUCGAAGUUGCUGCCGAUGCAUUACCUUAUAAUCCUCAGGCUCCUCCACCAACCCAGUUAGCACCACCUGCCACUCCAGCAUCAUUUACACAUGCCCAGUUUUCUCAAGCUCCUCCACAAACCCAGUCAACACAACCCGCCACGCCAGCACCUUUUCUGCAUCCUCAAUUUUCUCAAGUAUCUCAGUUUUCUCAGCCACAAUUCUCGCAACCCGCACCGUUUCCUCAGCAAUAUCCCAUUCCUCAACAAUCAUACCAGUUUGGUCAAUUUUCUCCUCAACAGCUUCUUCCUGGUCACAUGUCAUUCAUGCCCCAAUCUCUGACGAUGCCAACGGCGAUGCCCUUUCACAACUUACGGGACCCGCAGAAUUUUCAGAUGCUCAUGACUUUGAUGGAUGUUAUGAGGAACAAUAAUGGAGGUGAAUUCUUGCAGGCGGGACAGCCCUCGCCCAUGUAUCCCCAACUUGAAGCUCCACCCAGUGCUUCGCCUGCCAUUCAUCAUGAACAAACACCAGAAUCAAUCGUUGCUAUAGCCCAACCCUACCCUCCUUCAUCGUCUUCUUAUAAAUCAUGCAGCCCAACUCCCGAAGCUGUUUUGUCGAAACGUUCGCAAAAACGCCCUCGUCCUUCCGCACGCAAAUCUCGCACGGACACAUUUUCUCGCGCGGCAUCUACGGUUUUGCUCCCUCCUUCAGUGAAACGCAAACUCAAUCACGAGGCAAUGCCGCCCGCACAAACGUCCAGAAACCCGCCUAGCAAGCGAUCCCUCAAGGGCAAGGAGCGUGCUACGACAUCUGGUGAAUCUGAUAGUGACGAAGAUGCCCCUUCUGCCGGUUCGGAUGACGUAUUUGAGCAGUCUCUUUUGAGUUCGCCGGGCCUCACGAACGCAAGAAAGAAUCCUGGAGAGGUGUUCCUUGACGAUCAAGGGCGGCCUCUGACAUUCUUUGUGCAGGUUGAUUUGCAGGGGCGAUCAGGAGUGGUUUCGAACAUCAAGAAAAAUAAAGGCAAGGUCAUCGGGAGUAUUGCAGAUGCAGAUUAUAUCAUCCUCUUCACGCGCUCGCAGACAUUCCAGGGGCUCUUGAGCGAGGCUCAGGCCUGCGACAAGGUUCCAAUUCAGUCAGCAUUCGUUGCCGAUUGCAUCGCCGAGAACAUGCUGUUGGAUGAAGCCGAGUACCCCCUCGACACAGGUGUCUUAGUGAAACACUCGAAGCGUGGAAAAGGUGCAAGUGGCGCAUUUUUUGAAUUUGCGCAGGUGGAAACGCCUUCUUCUGUCAAGAAAGAGAAUCAGAAAUCCAUCUCAAAUGUGAAGUCGAAGCCGAAGGUAAAGAAGGCCAUGCCUACAGGGGCGCCAGCAAAGAAAGUUGGCAAGAGAUCAGCACCCGCGUCCCCACAAAUAUCAGCAGCACCUCCGCCACCUUCCUCAAACGAGGCAAAAACCCUUCGUUUACGACGGUCUCCUACUCCUCCUCCCCCAGAGACGCGCAAAUCCAUGAGAGAUGGAAAGUUUUACUUCACGCAGCCAGAAAUUGAGUACUUUUGCCGAUAUGCUCAAUUCCUGCUCAAUGAAGACCCAACGAUGUCCACCACAAUGCUGCUUAAAGCUAUGCACAAAAAGUUGCCACAUCACUCGCUUGCGUCCUGGCAGAUGCAAGCGUCUUCGAAACUGAAAACAGAACUUACUGACAUUCGCAAGAGGGCAAAUAUCGCGUUUCGCAAGUCGCGGACUGCGAAUACCGAGAUUUUAACUGGGGAGGAAAGACCUGGCCCGUCAAAGAAACCUCGAUUGUCUGCCUUGCCGACUGCUUCAACUCUAUCACACGAAGCUUUGGAACGCGAAGAUUUUGAGGUCAUCUGUGAAUUCUUUGCCAACGGUGGUGGGGACGAUGAUAAUGAUGAGAGGGUAUGGGAAAGGUUAUCUCAACAUCGACCUUGCAAAAGCGCAGAGUCUUGGCCGGAGUAUUACACGACACACCAAAGUGAAGUUUAUGCACAAAUCGAGGAGCUUGUGCGUUCCUCCAGCUAG